GUUUGUGUAGUUGAGCUCAUGGGUGGAUAACCCCUGUCAAACGUUUAACAUCCACGAAUCAUCAUCCAAUCUUUCUGCUGGAGGUCUCCGUUAAAGCUAGCCAGGCAUGGCGCUGUGGAUUCAGGCACAGCAGCUUCAGGGGGACGCCCUCCAUCAGAUGCAAUCCCUCUAUGGCCAGCACUUCCCCAUUGAGGUGCGCCACUACUUGGCACAAUGGCUAGAGGCUCAGCCAUGGGAUGCCAUAGAUCUGGAGAACCAGCAGGAUGAGUUUAAAGCCAAGCGUCUGCUGGAUGGUCUGAUCCAGGAGCUGCAAAAGAAAGCAGAGCAUCAGAUGGGUGAAGAUGGCUUCCUGCUAAAAAUCAAACUUGGCCAUUAUGCCACACAGCUGAAGAACUCAUAUGAUGCUUGCCCCCUGGAGCUGGUACGGUGUGUCAAACACAUUUUGUACACUGAACAAAGACUUGUACAGGAAGCAUCUAAUACCAGCAGUCCGGGUUCAGGUCCGGUAGAUGGGACCCCUCAGAGAUACCAGCAAAUCAACCAGACAUUUGAGGAGCUGCGUGUUAUGACACAGGACACAGAGAAUGACCUCCGCAAACUCCAGCACAGUCAAGAAUACUUCAUCAUUCAGUACCAGGAGAGCUUGAGGAUACAGGCUCAGAUAGUUAGUCUGGCCAGCCUUCCUCCUACUGAGCGUGCUCAGAGAGAAGCGGGUCUGCAGAGCAGGAAGUCCACGCUAGAGACCUGGCUGACGCGAGAAGCCAACACUUUACAGAAAUACAGACAGGAUCUGGCAGAGAAGCAUCAGAGGACCCUCGCUCUGCUGAGGAAACAGCAAACUGUGAUUGUUGAUGAUGAAUUGAUCCAGUGGAAGAGACGACAGCAGCUUGCAGGAAAUGGAGGACCAUCAGAAGGAGGAUUGGACAUACUGCAAGCCUGGUGUGAGAAGUUGGCCGAUAUGAUCUGGCAAAACAGACAGCAGAUUCGUCGAGUUGAACACUUGACUCAGCAGCUGCCCAUACCCGGACCCACAGAAGAACUGCUUACUGAACUCAACGCUAUUGUCACAGACAUCAUAUCUACACUCGUCACCAGCACAUUUAUUAUUGAGAAGCAGCCUCCUCAAGUGCUGAAAACCCAGACCAAAUUUUCAGCAACAGUUCGGUUGCUGGUUGGAGGGAAGCUCAAUGUCCACAUGAAUCCUCCCCAGGUUAAAGCCACCAUCAUCAGUGAACAGCAGGCCAAGGCGAUACUCAAGAACGAGAACACCCGCAAUGAAAGCAGCGGAGAGAUUCUGAACAACAAUUGUGUGAUGGAGUAUCACCAAACCACUGGUAACCUGAGCGCACACUUCAGGACCAUGUCUCUGAAGCGUAUUAAGCGGUCAGACCGUCGCGGUGCAGAGUCAGUGACUGAAGAGAAGUUUACGAUUCUUUUCGAGUCUCAAUUCAGUGUGGGAGUAAAUGAACUUGUGUUUCAUGUGAAGACAUUAUCCCUGCCAGUUGUGGUCAUCGUUCAUGGGAGUCAAGACAAUAAUGCAACAGCAACAGUGUUGUGGGAUAAUGCGUUCUCUGAGCCGGGUCGAGUGCCAUUUGUGGUGCCUGAUAAAGUGGUGUGGCCACAGCUGUGUGAGGCUCUUAAUAUGAAAUAUAAAUCAGAGGUUCAGAGUGACAGAGGCCUUUCAGAAGAUAAUCUGGUGUUCCUCGCUCAGAAAGCCUUCAGCAGCUCCAGUAACAAUCCUGAGGACUACAGCAGCAUGACCAUCACCUGGUCUCAGUUUAAUAGGGAGAGUUUACCAGGCAGAAACUUCACAUUUUGGCAGUGGUUUGAUGGAGUCAUUGAAUUAAUGAAAAAACACCUAAAGUCUCACUGGAAUGAUGGAGCGAUUCUGGGUUUUCUGAAUAAGCAACAAGCUCAAGACAUGUUGAUGUCCAAACCAAAUGGCACGUUCCUCCUGCGCUUCAGCGACUCUGAAAUUGGAGGCAUCACUAUUGCCUGGGUCGCAGAAAACCCAAACAAAGCAGGAGAACGGAUGGUGUGGAACUUGAUGCCCUUCACUACGAAAGAUUUCUCCAUCCGCUCUCUGGCCGAUCGAAUCAGUGAUCUGAACCACCUGCUCUUCCUCUAUCCCAGUCAGCCAAAAGAGGAAGUCUUCUCCCGUUACUGCACACCUCCAAACUCUAAAGCAGUGGGAGAUGGAUAUGUCAAACCAGAGAUCAAGCAGGUGGUGAAGGUUGAGUUUUCUUCACCCAAUCCUGAACCAUCUCCUGGGAAUUCUUUCAUGGAUCAUGCAGCAUCUCCCACCGUUAAUCAACACCAUAACUUCACUAUCUAUCCAGCAAUGAAUGACACCAUGAUAGACGCAGAGGGAGAAUUUGACCUGGACGAGACCAUGGACAUGGCCCGACAGGUGGAGGAGUUCCUCAGGCAACCCAUGGAAACCACGUGGAGUGGACAACAGUCGUGACCUUUAACCCCGUGAUUUCGUAUCUCAACUACACAAACUCAAUGGUUCCAUUCCAAAAUUAUUAAGAAAUGUGAAAUGUUAUGUUUGUCUAAGCUGAUCAGUGGAUGUUUAACUGCCUUUGCCUUUUAUGAUAGUUUGAUGUGUAAUUUCCUAUUAACCAGCAAAAGAUAGUAGAGUGUCAUGUACACUGAUAAUGUGGACUUCUAUUUUGCUGGAUAUUAAUAGCUGCUUUUCUAGUCUAAUGUUGGAUUGCAACUUUCAUUAACUUUUACUGCUUUUGUUAUAGGCAUCUUAUAAAUAUUGUAUGAUGAUCAGAUCUUUAAAUCGAUUCAGAUGGUUGGCUCUUAGAAGACAUUGGAGCUCGCGGUAUAAUUUGUUCACAUUUAGUUCAAUUUCUUUAUAACUGCAGUGUGGCAUUUCUAUGGUAUCCCAGUGGUACAAAAGAUAAAAUCAAGCAAACAUAACAGAAUUAAGCCUCCAAACAAAAAAAUGCUCCAGUGCACUGGAUUUCUUAAUUAACAACUAACAGGCUAACGCUAAUGUGUAAACAAUUGGAUUUGUCGUUAUCGAUAACGCAUCCCGAGUUCAAGUCCCAGCUCAUAGUCCUUCCCACCCUUCACUAGAACUUUGUUUUCUUUUUUCUAUAACCUAAAAAAACAUCAGCUAAAUUAAAAAAUCUUUAAAAAAUGUGCUUCUCUACAGCAUGGCACAGUUCGGUUCGUUAUGGCUCAUUUCGGGGGGCUUUUCCACUGUGUUCCAUACCUGGUACCAAGUACUUUAUUACUACCACCUCAGGUGAAGUUCUGAGGGAGCUGUAUCAUUCAUCACCACACUUCCAGCCUCAUCAACACCUGCUAUAGUUAUUUGCAGAUGCAGAAAAGCUUGUCCAUGUCUUUGUUAGCUUUAGAAUAGAUUACUGUAUUUUACUCCUCAUCUGGAUUCCUGACAAAAGUAUACAGAAAUGACGUGAACAGUGCUGCCACUUGUUGGUAGUCAAGAAACUGAUUCAAUGUGAGCUGGAUGGGAAAGAUUUUUAGUAGAGGUGGCACAACUAUAGUGAUAAUCCAGUGCUUUCCACACAUAGACUUUACUUGGUAUAUUAACAACCGCCUAGGUAUAUUAACGGCCGCCCAAGUAUAUUUAGUGACACAUUUUUUUACUAUUAUUAUCAUUCUUUUACACUUUUUUUUUUAUAUCUGCCCAAUAUAACCAAACAUCCGCGAUCAAUUAAAUAGUGAAAAAUCUUCUCUCGUUUACCCAUUUCGUUCCGUGUGCACGUGACCUGUCAACACUUACUUUGACUUAAAAAAAAUCAGCCGGCCACCUGGGUUUCUAAAGCUGCAUUUACACUGCAGAUCUUGAUGGUUAAUUCCGAUUUUGUGACUGUAUCCGAUUUUUUUGAUGACCUGCUUACAUCAUCUUUUAAAAGUGACUCGUAUCCGAUCGUCUGCAUUUACACAGCACACGACAAAGGCGCAAUGACCAGAAAAAAAAGAAUGGACGCUGACUAACAGCUGAUAAUUAAAGAGUGCUCUUUUCUCUAUUGCUGUAUGUAAUCUGUUCGCAGCUUUUGACAAGUUGUUUUACUAUAGUUUAUGAGAGAAAGGUUCACAUUUGUCCAUCUUCUUUUGAUAUAUAGGCUUUUUUUAAACCAGUAGGCAUCUUAAUGUCAUGUCCAUGCCGUGAUUUAUGCAUGUGAUGUAUGCAGUAGUUUUAUAUUAGUUUAUAUUGGUUACGUGGCGGACAUUGAGCUCUCUCUUAUUUGCAUGCUUGAAUACCUGUGCUAUAUGACAAUAUAAAAGCUGUUUUAGUCCUCGUGUAUGAGAUUUAAGGUUUGGGACUCGGCUGAAGUCUGUUCUGAAAUUAAAGCGUCAGACUUGACGUCAUUCGCUACGGUUUUUAAUGACGCGCGACUCGCAUUGACAGGUGGAAAUACAAUCUACUCGGAGAGGAUGACUGGUCUGAACUAGCUGCAAAAUAUAUUUUUUUUAAACCAACAAUGCUGUGUGUGUGUAAACCAUUAUUUAAAAAUGUCAAUCUUUAAAUGACUUUAACAGUCGUUAUUUAAAACAGUCAAAAUAUGGUCAACCAUUUGGUGGAGCAGGCCGUUAAAGGGUUAUUUAAAUAAUCUCCACAUUUUAAAUCUUGUAAUUAUUAUGAUUUUUAGAGAUAUUGUCUGCUUUUAUUCCCUUUUCUGUCAUUUAUUUCUCAUUUGCUGUAUAUUUUAUAUACAUGUCUAAAAUGCUUUGGCAUUCAAGUCUACUUUGAACUUGAAAGAGAGAGAGAUGCAGAAUUUACCUGUCAGUGGGAGCACAUGGCACCUAAACUUUUAACUUUAACCUAUUGAAAAGAAACAGUGUAUAACAGUGUCAUAAUUAAAUUUACUGUUCAAAAUUAAAUUAGGUUUUGUUUUUCGCAUAUAGUUAACUAUUUAUGUGAUGUGGUUAAAUGGUGUGUUUUAAUCCAGCUACCACUGCAAGUAUAUGUCAAACCUGUGGCAAACUCCCUUUAUGACAAGUCAUUUUACUCGGCGGCCAUCUUUGAAACGCCUCUCAGGUAGUAUGCUUGGGCAUUCUGUUUGAAUAAGGAAACAUCAAAUUCUCCAAAAAUGUUUGCCAAGCUUACGAUUAAAUUUCAUGUUAGGAAUCACCAAUAAUAUACAACAACUCUUUAGUUUCCUGAAUCACACAAAAUCUGCAGAAACUCAUGUCUGGUCUUAGCCCCUCUCCCAGAGUAUCGUCAGUCUAUAGCAAUCGAUAAUUGGCUCCUGUACUAGAAGGCAGGCUUUAUUCGCCAAAAAGCGAUCGAUGGUUGGCUCUUGUACUCAAUGGCGGGCUUUAUUUGCCAUAUUGACCUUUACACUUUUCCCCAUUUAAAAUGAUACGAGUGACAUGUCGUGUGUAUUCUCUAGUCUUUGCCUGUGGUAAGCACUGUAAUCUCACACAAUUUUAAGUUGUACUAAACUGCAAUGAAAAUCCAAGCCGAUCAGGCCUAGAUGUGCUGAACUGUACUAUGAUGCACAUUGGAACUUUAAGCGUACACCUUAUUCAUGAAAGCUUGCACUUUACGUACAUUCUUAAUACAAUUGAGAUUGACAAUCAGUUUACAAUUGCCUGUCUUAGCCCUCUACAGAAGUGUGCUAAAUCGAACUUGAUGGCACUAUCUAACAGUAGGAAUACUCUGUGGUGCAGUUUUUCAGCCACAAUAGUGUGUUAAAGAGCUAUUCACACAGAAUGUAUCAUUGCAUCUAAAAACACAAGAGACGGCAUGGUUUUUUUAAAAAGUGCCUCCUUGGCCAUGUCAACGACAAAUAAUGUGCAUGUUCACAAUAGAAAAGUAGCACAUUGGACUCUGUGAAUGGCCCCUGAAACUGCUACUCUGAAUUUUUUUCCCCCAUAUUUAGGAGUAUUAUGUUGUGGCCUGAUUUUGAUGUGUUGUGACUUGUUUCCAUUUCCACCUCUAUCUGUCUAUUUCCCAAUCACAUAAUGCUGGCUUUCCUGUUAUUUCUUUUCAAACCUUUAGCAUUGGAUGUUGUAAGUUGUGCAAGUAAGCUUCACUCCUCUGGCCUCAAGAGGCACACUAGAGACUGCCACAUAUCAUACUUAUUAGCUACUAAAAUGUAACAUAUUCUCAUUUGUCUGGAAGCACACUAUCAACGGUUGACAUACAUAUUUAUGCUGCGUUUUCACUGGCAAAAAAAAUCAGAAUUUUAUUCAGAUUCAGGUUUUUUUGCAGACAUGAAAACAAAAACAUGCACAAGAUCAAUCUGUUUGUUUUUAAAUCAGAUACAUAUCCAGUAUCUGGAUAUCUGACCGCCACCAUAAUGCUAGGGCGACGCAAUCGGUCUCUCACUUUCUGUCUCUUUAAUUUAUUCAAAUGCAUUCAAACAAAUAUAGGCAAAUCUUGCGUGCUACUUUAUUUCAAUUCUAGAUAUAUACAAACUGCAGAUACAAACUUUUAUGCAUUUUAAAUACUUACAGUGAAAUUUUGCAGCAAAAAAUAUCCACAGCUUUCAGAUUAAUGCAGAAUUUUAAAAGUAUUGCAUAUGGUCCAAAGAACAGAUUUGUGCAUUAAGACUUGCAUUAUAAACGCAGUCUUUGUUGUAUUGUCCCUUAUGGGUUGCAUUUGACACAGUUUGACUUUGGGUUUUAGGAAUUAUCAAGAGUUUUCAAAACUGUCAUCAAGUUUUGUCAUCUUUACAUUUAUUUAUUGAAAACCAAUUGAGGAAUACAAAUUCUUUCAAUAACUUUUAUUUUUAUUUGAAUCUUUGAAGUUAAGAUUUAAGCUGGUAGCUUUUUUUAAAGUAAAUUUUUUUUUUUUCUUAAAGGGUGGCCCAUUGUGUGUUUUAUACUGCUACUCAGCUAACAUGAAAACGACGGUCAUAUUUCCUAGUUCCUCAGAAAGGCAUGCCCUCAAGAGGCUCUGAUUGGUCAACUAACAUAAUAUGCUGUGAUUCGCAGGUCGGCUCCACGUCACCUGGAAAAGCGUCACGCUAUGACUUUGAAACGUAAUAUGAAGCGUUCACAUAUAUUUUGCAAUUUUGUUAUGUGAGAUGUAGAACGCAGGGAAAGCGGCUGCAUAGAGAGAAACUGCAGUGCUGGUGAAGAUUGUGGGUGUUUACAGUGAUUUGACAGAUAAAUAUGAAUUUGUAGCUAAAUUGUUAACGGUGCCAAACAGCAUUACCUGUUGUUUACAACCUUAUCCUCGCUACAACAUACUGUUAACGCUAGACACUAUGCAUGUAAUAGAAAAAUUUUAACAAUAAAAAAAUACUUAAAGGUUGUGACUCACAAUCCACAGCUUCGUCUAUACUGAACUGGGAGAGAUUCUGGUAGCCGUCCUUUGUCAAAUGCUAGCUAUAUAUUUUUUUAAUAAAUCUCUGGAACAUUAAGUUAAAUUGUACACACUUCUCUCUUUGUGUCCUUUGGAAGCUCAGAAACAGAAGAAGCUCUGUGGAAAUAGCAGCAUUUGGACGGCAUUUUAGCUUUCCCUGCUAUAAAAUUACAGCAUCUCUGGCCACACCCCUUUGCUGCAUGGGGUGUAUGCGUGUGGUAAGAGCGCGUCACCUGAAGCAGUUGUGAUCUCAUUAACCCAGAUGUAUUUUUUUUAGUCCCCAAACUUCAUUUGCUGUAGGCUUUGCUAAGCUAACUCUGUAAAAGCCAAUGUAUCCCUUUGCAUUGAACUUUGAGCAUAUUACAUUCAGAGAUGCUGUUUAUGUUCACACAGCUACAUUACACAUCAACUAAAGUUUAAAAUAUGAUAUCGUAGUGGACCACCCCUUUAAUAUUAAUUUGAAAGCAGAUUUAUUUGCAGAUGUGAGUCAUAAACAUAACGUUCUUUGAUAAACAAGCAAUCAUGUUACAUUGGUAUGUAUGAGUGUAAAUGUAUUUGUUUUUAUUAACAUGAAAAUUGACAAUCAGUUAAAAGCUAUUAUUAUUAGUGUCUGAUCUGUCUGGAUCUUUUUGGUAUAUUGUAUAAACAGAUUCCCAUCCUGGUAACCCGAUUUUAGCUGAGCCAUGGUUCUAUUUUCUCUCCGUGCCUUAAACAGCUGAGGUUAGUCUAGUAGUUACACCAAAGUGAAGUGUUAGCUUGCUUAUUUUUGAACAUUUUAAAUCCCCUCAGAUAUUUAGAUCUUAAAUUAAUUUGAAGCUGCAGAACAUAUUGCUCCCAGUAAAAAAAAUCUCUGAAUAUUUAUUUUUUUUUCUCAUUGGCAAAAUUUCAGAAGAUAUCAAGGCUUGUUUAUAAAAUCAAAUGUGUCUUUCUUUUGCCUUCUUGCCUGUGUUAUGAAAUAUAUUUUAAAGAUAUGAAAGUCAGUGUCUGUUAAUCAGAAAUAUUUUUCUUUAAAGGGAAGUACCAAUUAAAAAAACAAACACCUAAUGUAAAAAUUAUUUCUUGAUGUCAGUCAGGAAAAUCAGUUCCCCUCGAACAGACCUCAGGAAAAUACACAUCAAAGAGAUGUCUUUACAGAACCUAUGCAGACAGAAUUCAAUAAAAGGACACAUAUAUAAAUAUAUUGAGAAAAAGAUCUAACACAAUUUAAAAAUAUAUAAUGUUGUGUUGCAAAUAAGUUGUUUUUAAUGUGAAACUAAUUUGAUGGUUUAGCUUUAGUGUAUGUCUUUUUUUUUCUCUUUGAAUCUUGCUCUUUUGAACAUGUUUUUUUUUUGUGUGUGUUUUCUUUGUGUUGAAAAUAACAUUUUAUAUUAUGAACAUAUUAUGUUCUGUAUGUAAGGGAUAAUGUCCAUUCAGCAAACUCCCACAGGGUGACCAGGACCCGUCACUAAGUGCAGAGGUUGUCCUGGAUUAUUAUAUAUAUAAUUGGCUGGCUAUAUGUUAAACUUUCUUAUAUGGCUACCUAACAAAUAAAGAUAGAAAAACUGA